CGCUGCUGGUGAUACGUGCCGACCGAUGGGCGCGGGUGCGGCGGGGCUGGACGUGCCCGCCAAGCGGAGGCGGGUGCUGGCGGCCAAGACCAGAGGAGGCAGGCCGCGGCAAGCGAGGAGACGUGCUCAGCCGCAGCCGCCGACGGCGCUGCAGCGCCUCUUCCGCGCCUGCCGCGCCGUCUUCAGGGGCCCCGGCACCGUGCCCGCGCCACACGAGGUCGCCCUGCUCCGGGCCAUGCUCGACGGAAUGAGGCCAGAGGACGUCCGCCUGAGCCCAGGCAUGAGGUUCUUCAGGACUAGAGAGAAUGCGGCCCCAGGGAACCCAACCAUCACACACACCACCAUCUACGAAUCUGACAAUUUCUCGAUGGUCAUCUUGUACCUGCCGCAAAAUGCGGUCAUCCCUCUACACAAUCACCCCGGGAUGACCGUGUUCAGCAAGCCGCUCAUCGGAUCGAUGCACAUAAAGUCGUAUGACUGGGCUCAUCCCGAUGAUCCAGCCGCCUCAUCGCCCGACGAUCAACUGAGGUUGGCGGAGCUGGUCGUGGAUGAUCUCUUCACCGCUCCGUGCGACACGUCGGUCCUCUACCCGACGGCGGGAGGCAACAUGCACCGGUUCACGGCCAUUGCGCCAUGCGCCAUCCUCGACAUCCUUGGCCCCCCUUACUCCAUAGAGGAGGAACGGGAUUGCACCUACUACGCGGAUGUUCCCUACUCCUCCCAUCAUCCGAUGACACUGACCAGCAAUGAGCAACAAGGCCGGCGCCUCGCGUGGCUGAAAGAGGUCGAGAGGCCGAGCGAUCUGAAGAUGCGCACCGUCCCGUAUGGCGACCCGCCGAUCUCCGACGGGUGAUUGGGCCCCCGGCGGCGCCCUUCUUUCCAGCCCUUCAAGAUGAUGACAAACAACUCAAGCAACUCAAACCCCAACUCAAACAAGAUGAUGUCAGAAUCGUUUGGCGUAUGAAUAUAGCAGCAAAGCUAGCUUAGGUUUCAGUUUGUGCAUGAUGUCUCAGUGAGUGAUGGCAGUUUAUCAUGUAAGAGUGCUUGCCUGCCUGCUUUUGCAGCAGCUGUGUGUGUGCGGACCUUGUCCAGAUCCUUUGCUGAUCUUUGUCAAUGCAUAGAUCAUCCAUAUAUUUCACUUCUA